AUGUUCAAAACACUUCUACUUAUUGUUAUUAUUCUUCUGCAACUUUCUACGUUGUUUGUCUUGUACGUAAAAUUCCCUGAAAUAACCAGCGAGGUAGAAAAGAAGCUCGGUAAUAUCUCAAGCCUAAAUCUUGAAAACAUAAAUGGCAGUCCAAUGGAGUCUAACGAACUGGCACAGCAGAAAUCUGAAAAUCAAGCGCAAGCAUCAAAUAUAUCUCAGCAAGCAGGUAGCUCAGCAUCUGAGGCACCAGAAAACAACCCAGGCCAGAGCUCUGGCCAGAGUCCUAAAGGUGCCGAAUUGGUAUCUCACAGCGGUAAUCCAGAAGUAUCAUCAUCGCUGCUCCAAAAUCUCUUAAAGGUUAAUUAA